ACUUUCGUUUUCAUUUCUUCUCUGAGUCGAUGUUGUGAUCAUCAGACCACACAAACAUGGCGGGCCUGGAGGUGUUGUACACGUACGUGGGCGGUAAAGUGAGCUGUCCUCAGGACGCCGUGGUGUGCUUCGUUCACUGGGAGAUGAUAAAGAGCGGGUACCGGUGCAUCGGGUCCGGAGACGAGCCUCUCAGCAGUGACCAGAGGUCUGAGCUGCUUCCUGCUGACUGGAGCAGAAACAAAGAGUUGUACAGUCUGAGGUAUAAAUCUGAAGAUGGAGACUCUCAGCUGCUCAAAGCCAUCGCUGUCGACUCCACUCUGAUCUUCGACCUGAUGAACUUCAGCACUCAGCAGGUGUCAGACCUGACAGUGAACAUCAGCGAUCACGUGGACUCUGACAAGCUACACACAUUCCACAGGUGUGUGUGUGUGUGUGUGUGUGU